AUGGCAUCCGACACCGACAACCCCGCGGCGUCGACAUCGACGAUCACGAGCCUGCGAGAGUCGCUCUGCUCAGAAUCGACCCCACUCCCUAUCCGCUUCCGCGCCCUCUUCUCUCUCAAGCACCUGGCGCGCCACGGAGCUGAUGACGAGGCAAUCGCGGCCAUCGACGCCAUCGCAGCUGGCUUUGCCUCGCCAUCCGCUCUACUCAAACAUGAAGUGGCCUACUGCCUCGGCCAGUCGGCGAACCUGGCGGCGGUAGCUCCGCUCCAGAAGGCCCUUUCAGACCUGCAGGAAGAUCCCAUGUGCAGACACGAGGCGGCCGAGGCCCUGGGAGCGUUGGGAGAUGCUGGGAACCUGGACAUAUUGCGGAGGUUUAGGGACCGCGAGGGGGAAGACGUUGUCAUCAAGGAGACGUGCGAGAUUGCUAUUGCCAGGAUAGAGUGGGAGAACUCGGACGAGCGGAAACAGGAGAAGUUGCGCCAGAGCGACUUUGCCUCCGUCGACCCGGCCCCUCCCAUGCCCGAGUCUGAGCAAACUGUCGAGGAGCUUGGCAAGACCCUAAUGAACACGAGUGCGCCUCUCUUCCUGCGGUACCGCGCCAUGUUCGCCCUUCGCGACCUCGCAUCGCCGCCAGACCUUCCGACCGCAGUCCCUGCUGUGCAUGCACUAGCUGAAGGAUUCGCCGACUCCUCAGCUCUCUUCCGCCACGAGAUCGCUUUCGUUUUCGGACAACUAUCCCACCCCGCCUCGAUACCAGCUCUCACGUUGGCCCUCAGCAAUGUGGAGGAGGCCAGUAUGGUCAGGCAUGAAGCAGCGGAGGCCCUCGGCAGUCUUGGGGAGGAGGAGGGCGUCGAAGACAUCCUGAAGCGCUUCCUCCACGACAAGGAAAAGGUGGUCCGGGAGAGCGUCAUCGUCGCGCUUGACAUGGCUGAGUUCGAGCAAUCGCACCAGUCAGAGUAUGCGCUGAUCCCGGAGGCGCCGAAGGCCGUGGCAUAA